CCGGAGGAUGGCCCCGAUGGGCCGGCACAGGUUCCGUUGGCGGACAACGAGGCGGGUUCCCGAGUGCCCUUCCACUGCUCCGAGUGCGACAAGAGCUUCCGGUACCGCUCGGACCUGCGGCGCCACUUCGCCCGGCACACGGAGCUCAAGCCUUUCCAAUGCCCGCACUGCAGCAAGAGCUUCAAGCACUCCUUCAACCUGGUCAACGACAUCCGCAGCCACACCGGCGAGCGCCCCUACCGCUGCACCGUCUGCCCCAAGGGCUUCCGGGACUCCACCGGCCUCCUCCACCACCAGGUGGUGCACACGGGCGAAAAACCCUUCUGCUGCCAUGUCUGCGAGCUCCGCUUCUCCUCCCGCAGCAGCUUAGGCCGCCACCUCAAGCGCCAGCACCUGCAGGGGCUGGGCUGCCCAGCCUGCAAGCCCCAGGGCCCCCGGCCCCUGGACAGCCUGUACCAAUGUGAGUGCGGCACCUUCUUUGCCAAUGCUGGCACGCUAGCCGCCCACCUGGCGGCCCACACGGGCGAGGCCUCCUUUGCCUGCGGUAUCUGUGGCAUGAGCUUCGGGGCCCUGCCGCCCCUGGAGGCUCACCAGCUGAGCCAUGCCAUGUUGCUGCCCCCACAGGACGUCCCUCCUCCGACGGCGACGGUGCCCGUGCCGCCAGCUGGUGGGGAGCUGGAGCGCCACUUGCUGCCGCGGCUGGGGCUGCGGGCUUUUCCCGCCCGGGCUGGCAAAAACGGGGAGCGCCCCUUCCAGUGCAGCGUCUGCCACAAGGGUUUUAUCACCUUCAGCAACCUCUCCCGCCACCUCAAACUGCACCGCGGUAUCGACUAGCGGGGCAGAGCCGCUGCCCGCUCGCCCCGCUGGCUUGGCAACCAUCUGGCUUCUUGUUGUAGGGUCACUCGUAAGCACUGAGCUACGCAGAUCAGUUUGUUAUUGUAGGGCCUCUCUGUAUGCAAUGGUUUAUUUUUGUAGGGUCACUCAUGAAUGCUGGGCUGCACAGAUACGUUUGUUAUUGUAGGGUCUCUUGGCACGCACUGGUUUGUUACUGUAGGGUCUCUUGGCACAAGCUGAUAAAUCUAAGGUCACUCUUGAGUGCUGGGGUGCACAGAUCGGUUGGUUAUUGUAGGGUCUUUGUGCCGGUUUGUUUUGGUAGGGUCUGGUUACAAGGGGCAGUCUAUUGUUGUCAGGUUACUCAUGAGCACUGGACUGCACAAGCCAGUUUGCUGUUGCCCUAUUGCUGGGUUGCACACAGCGGUUUGUUAUUCAAGGGUCUCGUUGUCCAUGCGUCAGAGGGGUCACUGUGUUAGUCUGUUUCAGCAAAAACAACAAGGAGGCCAGUGGCACUUUUAAAGACUAACCCAUUUGUUAUUGUGCACGCUGGAUUGUUAUUGUAGGGUCUCUCCUGAGUGCAGGACUGCAUACGCUGCUUUGUUAUUGUAGGGUCUCUUCUAGGUGCUGGACUGCACAUGCUGGUUUAUUAUUGUAGGGUCUCCUUACAUAUAAUGACUUGUCAGUGUCCGGUCCCUCAUCAGCUGGGCAUUAUACAGAGAAAUUGCUAUCAGAGGGCACUGGGACUCCGCAGGCCAGUUUGUUAUUGUAGGGUCUUUUCAAAGUGCUUCGGCUGCUGUGUGCCCUAGGCUGAUGAUCGGGGGUUUACUGCGGCCUUGCCAUCUCCUCCAAGGUCCAGAAGGGCCAGCAGUGGCUUAGAAUGAAUAUACCUAGGGGUUCUGCACUGAGGUUUCUGACUCCCCCGGCCUGGACCACCCGGCAUCCCUGUUGGGGGUCUGUGGGCCCAGCGUGACCUUGGCACUGCCCCGGCCUGGACCACCCGGCAUCCCUGUUGGGGGUCUGUGGGCCCAGCGUGACCUUGGCACUGCCCCGGCCUGGACCACCCGGCAUCCCUGUUGGGGGUCUGUGGGCCCAGCGUGACCUUGGCACUGCCCCGGCCUGGACCACCCGGCAUCCCUGUUGGGGGUCUGUGGGCCCAGCGUGACCUUGGCACUGCCCCGGCCUGGACCACCCGGCAUCCCUGUUGGGGGUCUGUGGGCCCAGAGUGACCUCGGGGUCUCCAUACACUGAGGGACAUAGUAUCUCCUCACUGCUAUUUCUUCCUGCUCAGUGGUUUUGCUCCAGGUGCCCCAUCUCUCCACUGUGACCCCCGGUCAGGGACCAUCUCUCAUCAGUUCACACCAAUGGGGUGGGGUGGAGGAGAAGGGGGGAGCUGGCCAAUUGACACCAGCAGAGGGUCUGGGCCCAGUGACUCCAUGGAGCUACACCUGAUUUAUACCAGUUUGUGACGCUAUUCUACCCUAGGGAAAGUAGAAAAUUGAGGCCACAAAGGGAAUUGUAAGGCUGAAGGCUGCCCCAGAAACUAGGUGAGGCCUUUAACACACAGACCCAAUUGGAGCAGAAGGAUCCUACAUGCAGGGUUCCCUCUAAUUUCUCCCAUCCAUGGGCAGAAUACAUUUUGUUCUGUGCACUGAGGCAUGUGCAGAUGUGCACCACCAAAAACACCUACUGCCGGCUGUGGGCGCUCUGCUAAUCAGCUGGGCUGAGUCUCUCCUGGGUGGCUGCCCAAGUGCUCAGCUUCCAGGGAACAUUGCUACCUCCAUGUUGCCAUUCAGCCUUAGUGGAGGCACUGGCUUGUAUCCCACUGCUGACACCAGUGAUGGCGAAGACUCCCACACAUCCACACACAUCCUGGUCUGUGCUGGUGACUGGAGAACCAGCAAGUCUGUACGCUCAGCGCUAGCCCUGCCUGUCUCCUCUGAGCCUUGAGCACGGUUGUGCUAGUCAUUUGAAUUUGGAACAGAAACGACUGCGAAAUGUGAGGGGUGUCACGUGCCCCUCCCCCACAUUCCUCAUGCCCUUUCAGAUGGCUACAUCCUUGAAAAGAUGCUUCUCUCCCAAUGCACAUUGGUGUGUUAUUGUAGGGUCUCUUGGUUGUGUAUUCCACACCCUUCAGUUAUUGUAGGGUCUCUAACAAAUGCCCAAGAUUACGCUUGCUAUUGUAGAUUCUCUCAGCAGUGCUGGGGCUACGCACACCUCUUCGUUAUUGUAGGGCCUCUUUUCUGUGUGGUGGGUCACGCUUGUUAUUGUAGGGUCAUUUGCAGACGUUGCUGUUUUAGCACCACAGGGAAAUCCCGGUGCUGCAGGUGCUGGUGUAUUAUUGUAGGGUCUCUCAUAAACACUUCGGUGUGCUGUUGUGAAGUCACUGUUGGAUGCAGGGCUGCAGCCGCUCGGGCUUGCUAUUGUCGGGGUCUCAUCCAUGCUGGGCCGCACACAUCAGCCUGUUCUCGUGUUUCACAGGAACGCACUCGGCGGAGGCUUUGCUCAGUUACAGAAGGGACCCGGGGCUGGUGCUGAGGGGAGGAGAGAGACACUGGGCCUCCCCUAUCCCUUAGCUGAAUGGGGAAUCCCUGCGUGUGAUAUCUCGCCGUGGCACUAACUCGGGUUCCCAAGAGCCAGAUCGCUGUGUUAAAGAAUCCUUUUUGUUUGUUUGUUUAAAAUAGUUCCCCCCCCCCACUGUUGGUAAAAAUAUCCCCCAAUCUCGCCUGCUGAGAGCUCGACACUGAAAAACAAGGAAAUAAAAAACUUUCCCCCUCCUGA